CCUGUAGCUCCAACCCUACUUUUGAUGCAACCUUUCAGUACCCCUCAUCGGCGUGAUUCACGACGUUUUCAAUACGGCAAUGCAACGCCAGCGGAUCGGUACUCUCAGCGCGACACUACCGAUGUGACACGGUUUGAAGUGCUCUCGAAUUCGUUGUCAGCCGUGAGCCAGUCCUUCUCAACGAUGCACGGCCAUUUUGAACGCCUCAAAGACAUCAAUGAUUCCUUGAACAGAUUCAAUAGCGCUUUUGGUGCCUUUCUAUUUGGCAUGACAGCCAACAGCACAACGGUUGAUUGGCCACAGGCGCCAGUGAAAUCAUCUUUUGCAAACAGGACCGACACACGGGCACGUCCAUCUACCAUGGAAAACGCAUCAUCGAAUCGAGACAGACCACGAACGUCCGAUACCGGACACGCCACACACGCGAUGCCAAGAAAAAGAACCAUUAAAGAAAGCAAUGCUGAUGUGGAUAAUGGAAAGCCAGGAAAGAAAACACGAGUAUUUGUAUCCAAGAUCAAUAUUAGUAAAAUCAUCGAUCGGCUUCCUCUAGAUUUUCGAGAAUCCACGGAACGUACACAAAAUCUUAACAAGAUUCUAAAAUUACUGCGGUCGGAACCUGAUGGAUUACAUCUCAAGACGAUUGUAAACAAGGUGAAAUUACCGCAGUAUAAAGUUACAGAAUGCUUGACAGCACUCGUACACACCAAAGAUGUGACAAAGCAAACUCAAAAGGGUCAGCUUGCAGUUUACAAGAUGGAUCCUCAUCGCUACGCAUCGAGCGUUACAAGUGCCUCUGCGCGAUCAUAGCGAUUACCUGGACUAUGGGAUUAUUUUACAGUGUCCUUGAUUCUGGACAUGAUGGUGAACUGCACGUUAUGGCUCAGAUUCACCAUGUCCAGAUAUCCGUGCUUGUCAGCGUCAGCGACUUGCUGUUUUUGCUGCCUGGGUGUGAAUUCAUCAAUUUGCAUUAGAUUCAUAUAGUUAUUCUUCAUAUUACACAUCUCCAUUUAAUAGUAUUUAUAAAAUGCUCGGAAAAAAGAUCCUCUGUAUCUUUUUUCACUCGUUAUCC